AUGGGUGUCGAACUGCCUUACCUACCGAUACUUGAUAUCCAUGCUUUGAACCCCUUCCUUUCGCCCAACUCGGCUAUCUUGAAGCGCCAGCUCGAACGUGCCAAUGAGUUCUGCGAGAAGAGAGCCGGCGUCACCAAGAAGCAAGAGAAGGCUGCCGUCCGACGUUUGGUGCAGCAGCAAUACCACGACGACAAGCUCAAAGCGACGCUUCCAGAAGUCGUUUAUUCAGCUGUGAAGGAGAAUCCAAGGCAUUAUGGUGCCCCCAGGAGAUUCGCUAUCCUGAUUGCCCCUCAUGCCGUCGUCCAUAAAGAUGAAAUGAUCUACGACACCUCCAAGUACGUCUUCGAGGGCCACACCAUCCACUUCUCUGCAUUCAAGACACCCGAAACCGGUUUUUGGAUCAACAACUCCUGGGUGCCGCCAUCCCAGAUCCUCCUUUCCCCAAACAAGACGACCUACACGUUCAAUGCCCAUCUCAAGAAUAAAGACGGCGGUGGAAUCCUCCACGGGUACCUCAAUUUUGUCCAAGAGGACAUGCCGCAUGGAUUACUCAUUCACAACAACGACGCCGCCUUCGCCAUUCAACUCAAGCCAUAUGCGUCUCAGUAUUCUGUCGCUGUUUCAGCUAACGCCGGUGCUGUGUGGUCGUCUGGAAACCAUGAGUUUACUUGGGACGUCAAAUCAGAUCAGUGGAAGAACGCGACUUGGGAAAGCAAGGCUGGUGUGUUCGCGUAUGACAUCGCGAACAACAACGACCCUAUACUUCCGAUCAACGUCAUCGAGGUCGGCAUCACGGACAGCAAGUCGACCGCCCCUGCUACGCCGCCUUCCUUCGACUAUGCUCUCACCCUACCCGAUCGCUCCAAGUAUACGGCCGUUUUCCAGCAGGCCAAGGAUCAGACCUAUUUACGGGUCCUCCUCAAGGAUAACACCUUAAUCCCUCUUAAAUCAGCUGCUCGAGAAGCCUCAGCGGUCAAGACUCUCUUCGGAACCGAGUUAUUUGUUGCUUUUGACGACUCGGCCUUUGGGUUCGUCGGAGCAUACAUCGACGAAACUCAGCGCGUCUAUGCAAUCAAAGGCCAGGCCACCUUUCCUCCCCCGCCUGCUUCGCCUUCAAUCGUCGGCCCCAAGGCUGUUUCCGCACCAAAGUUGUUGUCCGAGCUUCAUUCCUCUCCUAUCCUCGCGGAGGCUGCAUAUCAUGCCCCCCUUAGGAAACUCUUUGCCAAAACGCCACCCCUACGCGGUGCUUUUCCGACAUUGGCGUCAAGCGAUCUCGACAUCACAGGCCUCCUCAAUCUCAACCCUAUGCAGCAAGACAAGGAUGGCCAGUGGUUCGACGCUGCUGGAAGAGCUGCGAUGAGCGACCUGCACGACGGGAUCCUGACCUUCAUGGACGAUGGCCUGCACAACACAUUCGUCGGCGGCAAUCGUCCUAAUCUCAAGCCGGAGGUGCGCAACAUCAUUUUCAGCAACCCUACCGAGAACGCCCGGUUCUACACGACGUUGCAAGUUCCUUUCUUGACCGCGGCGCUGUCCUCUUCUACUCAGCCGUCUUCUCAGUUUUUGAAUGGCUCUCGCGCAGCCAAGGUUCUUCGCGACUUGCCGGCCAACGACCCCGUUUACCAACAACAGAGCAGCGAGCUCUAUAGUCUCCGUUGGAAGCAAAUGUAUCCGAUUAUCCAGCAGUACCUGGACGACCAGUCGGGCAACGACUACACCGACGCUAUCAACAACGCUGGGGCUUACCUUAAGAAGGACCUCCAAGACCGCUUCAAAGACGUACCCGACCCGGAUGGGUCCCAAGCGGCUGCGAUCAAGAAGGCACAAGACGACCUUGACGAUCUCCAGACAUAUGCGGUCUCCAACAAUCUCUACUGGGCGAUGAUGCUCUUCUACUACACGCAGACGUAUUACCUCCCUUUCUUACAGUCGAAGAUGGCGAGCAGCACUCUCUCCGCGGAGAUCUCGAACGAACUCAAGGCCUAUGGCGCGACCCUCGGUAUCCUCGAGAAUAAUGGGACCACUGCCAACGGCAACUCCUUCCAAGCCGCCUUCAACGACAUGAUCCGGGCGUUCACUUUAACGACCAUCCUACCCCAGUACAUCGACGCGGAGGGCAACAAGACCGACUACAUAUCGUACAUGGAUGCCAUCAUGGAGCAAUUCCUGCAGACCUACGCCACCAGUGGAGACCCCGACAUACAGGAAUAUGUGGCAGACAUUACUGUACUCCGAGGCGACCGCCAGGCCAUUGAGUUGUUCAUGAACUUGCUGAUAUCGGUCAGUCGGACGACUACUGCUUCGCUCAGUUGGGCUUCGCUCGUGGCAAAGAUGCGAGUGCUUGCAGAUGCGGACGGCUAUUAUUCCAAGCUGGCUCGCGGUGCAGGGAUGUUGGGCAGCUUCCUCAUGUUGGCCUGCGUCGUUUCUCUGGUCAUGGUCUUCCGCCCUGGCAAAGGGUGGGAUAGCAUGACCGAUUUGCAGAAGGCUUAUACUGUGACCUCUGCCAUAAGUAUUUUUGUAUUCGCACUGGUCAAGAUUGCUCAACGCGGUGCGCGCAUUAUCAACUUCUGGAGUGAUCUAGGCACAGCGGCGAACAGGAUGAAAGUCCUCCUGGGAGGAAAUGAAGAACUUAUUAACGCUAUUGGCCCAGCAUCCAAAGAUGCUCAAAGCACCUUCACGAGAUGGCUUACCCGCACUACAAAGGAGAGCAUGGAAAUGGACGCUUCAGAGGCUGCACCUUUCAAGAAAUACUUUGGCAGAAACGCGUCUGAGUUCCUGGCACGGACCGCUGGGGUCGUCCUAGGCCUUGUCAACAUUGCCCUGGCUGCUUGGACCAUUGCAACGACGAGUGAUCCCCUGGAGAAGGACAUGGCUAUCCUGAAUAUCGUUUCUGGAGGUCUUGCGAUCCUGGGUAUCGCCGCUGGAUGGAUUGCAAGCUCGAUCACUCUCACCAGUAUUGAGGCCGGCCUCAUGGCUGGCGUCAUGGUUGGUGUGUUGGAAUUCGCCGCAGCGGUGUUGGGCCCUUUGAGUCUUGCUUUUGCAGUUGCUGGUAUGAUAGUCAUGAUCGUUAUGAUGUUCCGCCACCAAGACCCCCCGGAUCCUUUGAAAGACUUCGCAGAGGGCAAGGCUAAAGAUUUUGGUUUAUACAUGCCUAAGAAAACUCAAAUCGACUAUUUCAACGUCAUUCCUCCGAACGGCCCCCUAGGCAUUUCGCACGAUGGCCUCGUAUUCAUGAAUGGGACCAAGUACGUCCAGAUAUCCGCCCUCAAGGUUGGCCCAACCGGCCCUAUAUCCGCUCCAGUCGUCCUAUCAGGCGCCAUUACUUAUAAGCCGGACGUAUGCCUCAAUGUUCAAACCGAUAGCAAAGGCUUCACCAGAAUAUGGACUUCAACAACUGACGCGAACGGCAAGACUCGAGCUCAAGUCUGCCUCUCCGUGGAUGACAGCGGCCAGAUCCUCGCUCUUCCGCCUCCCUCGAAGACGAGGAAGGAUGACAAAGGCAACACGAUUUCCGCUGAUCCUGCGGUUUAUGCGAAGCUUGUCAAGCAGCAGCAGUGGAUCUUCGAUUGCACCCAGAAGGGAGCUUCGGUUAUGGUCGAGGACACGAGCUACGUGACGACUGCAGGCUUCACUAUCCGGUCUGCUGCUACCAACUCCUACCUGACUAUCGACGCCCAAGCCACCAGGGUUCAACUGGCGAAUUCUCCUCAGGAAUGGAUUUGCAGUAUGCAAUCCAUCGGUCCCAGCGGGUUCUCGUACGCCGGAAGUCCUUGGACCAUCUACACUGACUCUCGCGACGAACUCAUUGCGGCGCAGAUGGACACUCCUGGCUCCCAACCGCUGACUUGGGCUAUCAAGCCCGCAUUGCCUACCGGCCUCGAAAUCAGGAGCGACGGUUCCAUUGCUAUCAUUGCAAACAAGACCGCGGCCCAAAGCCCGCAGACCAUCUACAAGGUUACUGCAAGUAUCACGAUCAACGGUAACAAGUAUACGCAGUCGGCGGAUGUGACCAUCGAAGUGGCGGUCCCUCCUUGA